AUUGGUCAUUUUUGAUGAUUCAAAUUUUGUGACAGGUAAGCCUUAUCAUUGUUGAGGCGUGACAACGCGAAAACGCAAACACAGGGAUGAGUCCGCAGACGACAAUAUAGACCAGGAAACAGAAGUUAAUAGUGUUAAUGUGAUACUGAAGAAAGAGAUUAAGAAAAUCAACACCAUUAAAAAUAAGUUGAAUGAAAUGGCGUCUUUCCUUAAAACAAUUGCUGUAAAAGUCUUAUUGUGGAUCACAGUCAUACUUUAUAUAGAUGCAGAGGAAUUCAAACGAGUGUGUUAUUACACAAACUGGUCAGAGAACAGAGCGGUGGUGAAGUCCAGAUUUCACCUUAAAGAACACCUGGACCCCUUUCUGUGUACACAUUUAAUUUAUGCAUUUGCAAAUAUAAUCCCCCAAGAAUUACGCUUACAGCGGUCAUAUGCAGAGGAAGAUGACGGGAAAAUCCCAGGAUCAGGACUUAUGUUUGAUUUUACAGGACUUAAAAAGAAAAAUCCCAUAUUAAAGACAAUUUUGUCGAUCGGAGGAGAGACUUCGUCGAAUAAUUUUAAAGUGAUAAUGGGAUCCGAUAAGAAUAUUAAAUCAUUUGCACAGAAUAUUUACAUCUAUAUCCGUGACAGAAAUUUUGAUGGAAUUGAUGUUGACUGGGAAUUUCCAGGAACUAUUUACAGAAAUGAAUUCGUUAUUUUUCUCAAGGAAUUAAGGUCUGUAUUUGCUGCCAAAGCCCAGGAAACCGGAAGUGAAGAGAAACUGAUCACCAUAGCAGUAGCCCCUGGAAAACAUAACAUCGAAGAGUCGUAUGAUAUGCCUGAAAUCAUAAAGUAUGUCGAUUUCAUCAACGUAAUGGCGUACGACUAUUUUGGACCCUGGAGCCACAAAACUGGUUUUAUGGCACCGCUCUAUUCCCGGUAUUCAGAUUUGAGUAUCGACACUACUCUAUCGCAGAACUGGACGAUGAACAAGUAUUUAGAACUAGGGGCCCCACCUGAAAAACUUGUCAUGGGUCUACACGGUGCAGGGUCAAGUUUUACCCUCGCAAAUAACAGCAACCACGGUGUGGGGGAUGCAGUAUCCGAAGCUGGUAUGGAAGGACCGUUACUUAAAGUGGAGGGGCGGCUGGCUUAUCCUGAGAUUUGUCAGAUGAGUAAAGAUGAAACAGUGUAUGACGAAGAACAAAAACAGAAGUACAGUUAUCAUAGGUCUCAGUGGUAUGGAUACGAAGACCCAGAUACUAUUGUUUUAAAGGUCCAGUACGCUGUUCAUAAUAACUUUAGUGGUGUGAUGUUUUGGUCUCUGGAUUUAGACGAUUUUGCGGGGAAAUACUGCAACCAAGGAAAAUAUCCGCUGCUUUCCGCUGUUAAAAACAUCACCCACCUCAUGGGACCAGGGAUUGGAUCUUCAACAAAUGACCCCAGCCGACAACCCGUCACGGGUGACGUCACAAGAAGACCCACAACGACCACAGUUUGGCCGCCAAAGGACGGCGGCUUCAAAUUAUUUAUUGUUGAUUCGAGAAGUGCAGCGACAAAACAAAUGUGUUCCAAUUUCAUUUUACUGUUGACUUUAUUUGUAUUUUUGUUUACCAAUUUGAUGUAAAGUAAUUUAUGGGUUUUUUUUAUUUUGAAAUAAAA